AUGAACUCGACUCGAAACCUCGCCGCAGACGACCUUCAACUACUAGUCACCAACGCGAUUUCCAUAGUGUCCACCGCGAUCAACUUCAUCGGUUUCUACGUGAUCAUUAUGCAAAAGUCGCGAGAAUCGAAAAGUUUCACUUAUGUUCAACUGCUCUAUCAAGUGGUAUUGUAUGGCUCGCAGUUCUACGCCGGCACCGUGCUCAACAUCGUUUUCUUGUUCCCGGUUCCCGGCAUUUAUUGCAUCGGGUGGUUGAGGAAUUUGAGUGGUUACUCCGCUUUGUAUAGUCUUGUAAGUCUUUCGAAAGUUAGAAGGAAGAUAUAAUAUCUGCUCUUAAAGAUUCUCUUCGAUGUAUUAUUCUCGUUGCAAGGUCUUUUGUUAAUUGUGAUUUUGGUCAUCAAAGUCGGAGCGAUAUCGCGACCCAAUUCUGCGUUAAAGAUGACCCCUCGCGGUCAGAACUUAUUCCUGGCCAUCGUGAUCAGCUACCCUAUUAUCACUCAAGUAAUCACCUUUAUCUUCUCCUACUCGGAUCGUUCGGAAGUCGCCCUUUUCCUGGGUGAGAAGCAUCCGCUCAUGAUCUUCUUGCUCCGUUAUCCGUUCCUUUGGAUGCUCACGACCACUCAACACUUUGUCGCGUUCUUGUCCAAUAUUUUUGUUUGCAUCGGGGUCGUCUUUAUGAUUUUUGUCAUUUUCUAUGCCAUUUUGCUCGUCGAGCUGGAUCUUCAAGUGAACAGUAUGAGCAGAGCGUCCAACAAGUAUCACCGAAGAGUUAUUCAUGAAAUUGUUGUGCACGUAAGAUCAAAGUUCAAUAUCUCAGUUGUCGAUUGAGAUAUUGAAAAGUUGUCAACUAACAAAUUGCUCAUUAAAAUGGUGUGUACAUUUUUCCAGUUGACACCUUUUUGAUAUCUCUAAAGACAGCUGAGAUACAUACGUUCUUCUCACAGACACUGAUAAGUUUGACGUUCUUCGUUCUGGUCCCUCUCGGAAUAUUCGUCAAAUUCUUUCUCAACGAUUCUGUGGAUGUUUCCAGUUGGUUUCCCAUCUUUCCAGAAAUUUCCAUUCCGAACGCUUCAUUCAGUCCCCACCGCCAUUUCCUUUUCGUUUUUCGUCAGCGCGCCGAUUCCGUCGAUGUUGGUGUUCAUACUCAAAAAUCCGAUUUAUCGAUGCUACCUACUCAAAAUGAUUACGGACAGAGCCGCGAGGACUGAUCAACGCAGCUCACAGGCUACUCACUCACGCCAGAAAUGAUGAGGCUGGAGCCUGAAAAGUGUACUAGAUUGACCAAAAAGAUCGUCGGUGAGUGUUCUUUCGAGCAAUAAAGUUGCUGUCGUCAUUUAUCAUGCCUCCUGUGCGAACACCGCUCAAUGCACAUAAGUGCUUACAGAACCACAGGCCAUAACUUUUUCGCAAUGGAGAAUCAAACUAUCAUUCUGAUGUCAUUUUGUGUUAGGGGUUUCCCAUAAUGCUUCCUUCACCUCCUUCAACCUUAUCACUCUACAAACACACUGUCACUUUUUUCAGUCUCGUCAAAAUGUCGUCUUUCCGUGAAGCCCUCCUCCUCCUCCUUCUCGUCUCCAUCUCAACUGCUCAAAGACUGAUUACGUUGUCGUCGUUCAAAGGGAACAGUGUGAAGAGUAAGAUAGAUUUCGCCCCGCCGUACGGUCUUUUUGUCUCCGCGCACUCGGACGACAAGAUGAUUCUGCAGCAGAUUUACGUGCAAACCGAGGAUAAUAUGCAUGCUUCGUAGGUUCAAUUCGAUCACUUUUAGUGGACUGUCGCCACGUCUUUUACAAUCUGGACUCUUUGAAGAACAGAAAAUUGGAGCAGAACUCCGAUCUGCUGUCCUCUUGGCCAGUAAACUCCACCGCGUACAUUACGACGAGUCUGAGUGAUGACGUCAUGAGCCAACUCACCGGAUUCAUUUACAUCACAACUGCAAAACAACUUCAAGGUUCCUCGAAUGAUGCUUCAGAAUUCAAAACUUCUUUUUUUUUUUAGAUGACCGAUUCUUUGUGUACGAUGUGGCCAAAUCGAGCAAAGUGCAAGUGGACCGGACAAUAAUCGGAAACAGCACUCUCAUGUUUCUGAACACCAACCUCCAAACCAAUCCGGUUCAAACGUCGGUCAUCAGCGGAUGGCUACAGACGGAGGAUUCGGUCGUCAAGAUGUACAAAGGGUUCCCGACUGAUGACCAGGAGACGCCGAGCUCGCAAAUCUUUUCCAACCCGGUUCAGACUGUUGGCAACGAAAUGCUGUGAGUCGAUUUGAUGUGCCUCGAAAGAGAACUUUGUAGUUGUUCAUUUUACUAGAUAAUCCUCCGACGCCUAGAUAAUCUGAUGAACAACUUACAGGUUCAUUCGGAAAGUGGAAAAGUUCGCAGUCAGCCUGGGAGCCUUCUACUUCAAAACCCAAAUGGAUCUCCUAUUCUACAUCGAGCCGAAGACGUUCAGUAUAAACGGACUGGCCACCACCGCCUACACGUCCACCGGAUUCUACAUGAAGCCGAGGAUUGAGAAGGAGCACACGGUGACAGUGAUGUGUAUCCGGGACACUCGAUACAACGGGACCACGGGGGCGAACGUCAUUGCGAACCUGACGAUGGCCGACUCGAAGGUCACAGUUCAGGAGAACGACGGCCGCCAGAGCUCGUCCAUUUCUGUGACUUCGGCCAAUCAGAUUCUCGGAUGGAACACGGAUCGGAUCGGUUCGAACGUGACGAUCUCGUCGGAUGACGCGAGCACCGGCGGCGAGUACUUUGUGCAGUAUUACAUCAAGCAGGACCAGCAGAUCUCCUCGACUACGGCUUCUGGAGCGGCGACGACGACGGUUUCUGUGGAGACGACCACUAGAUCCGGCUCAUCGCUUCGAUUUUUCAUUGCUUUUGUCAUCGCUAAUUUGAUUUAA